GUUUAAAUCUAGAAGGUUGACCUUUAGGUGUUGAGUAGCAGGGUAUACCGGCACUUGAAAGAAAAUAAUAGAAACUUGAAUACAGUGCAAAGACUUUUGUUAAAAAUACAUAUAUUUGUGAAAAUGGAGGUGCUAUCAUUGACUAACGUGAACUACAAAAACAAUGAAGAUUUCGAAUACGACUAUCCGGAAUCGGAAGAAAUGGCUUUAAUCGAAGCCCUAACAACGCGUUUAGAACAAGAAUUGAAAACGGCCAAAAAGGAACAUCUCUCCGUUGGCGAAGUCCUUCUUCCAAAUGGACUUACACGUAGAAUAUCGCAGGAUAUGUUUGUGAUGGGCGAUUCGGAACCUUGUGGACUUCGCGGGUGCACUUUGUACAUCAACUUCGAAGGGGAAGAAGUCAAAAGAAUAUCAAAAAUCAAGUGCGAUCCAACCACCCCAACCACAUUUGAAUUAUACCUUACAUUGAAGCAGUCCACCGCUGGUUGGAACGCGUUCCUACCGCAAUUUUUAAAAAAAAUCACACGAGGCGGUACAGUGAUGAUAAGUCCAGAAUAUGGACUUCAGAAGAAGAAGCUCUAUAGAUCGUCCGAAUAAUAAGUUUUAAAAUACUUAUGUACCUAGAUAGAAAAAGACUGAUUCUAUCGUGUGAUAGAUUUUGCAUAAGUAUUUUGCAUCGUUUCUUUAUUUAAUUGUUUUCAUUGUCAUCUUUGAUCAAUCAUUUUUUACGUGUUAAGUAUAUAUAUAUAGUUUAUAUAUUUCAAAUUUAAACGUACUUUGUACUAAAAUGUAGUUAGGUGUUUAUGCGACGAACGACCAAUUUUUAAUUUGAAGUUGUGAUAUGAAAUUGUAAUUUUUUUUAUUUUUUUCAAAUAGUAUUUCUAUGUUUUUUCUAUUGUGAUAUUAGAGCGGUAAAGAAUUGAAAGGCGAGGAACCAACAUGUUCUUGUUUCGGCGUUUUCUAUUAUUUUUUGUAUUCAGUAUUAAUGGUUGUCGGCCUGAAAUCUAGAAUUUUUCCGUUUAAUUUUGUUUUUAUUCAGGCGCAACUGAAUUUGUUGGUUCUGAGCUCGAAAAAAAGAAUUAAAUUACAAAAAAGGUGCCAGAGAUCUCAAAUUCAUGGUGAAAAUGUGCCAUGAAGAACGUUAAACACAAAAAUGGCAAACUUUAUUUGAUGUAAGGUUUUUUUGUACAUUUUUUCUUUAGGGAAACCUAGUGAUGUAACGAGUUUUUUUAAGUUUUCUAUCGCAUAAUGUGAUAUACGUACUGCAACGUACACAGAGCUUUUUUAUAUAAAAAUUUUUAUUAA